AUUUCCGGUCCUCUGUUUAUUCACGGGUUCGUUUCCUCUGGUAACAUCUUCAGAAGCAGACGUGGAGACCUUUCACAACACACCCGACAUCCAGCCCAUGAUGAGGAGCUGAUCCUUUUUAAGUUUACUUUGAGUUAAUGUUGUUGUCUUGAUUACUUUGGGAAAUACACCGAAAAUGAAGGGUCUUGUACGGCUUUUCUGGGCAUUAAUGGUGGGAACUUUCGCCAUUACACAUCUUGUCCAACCUCAAGAUCAACUGGGAUUCAUCAGUUUGGAUUGCGGGUUGCCUGCAAAUGAGUCUCCAUAUACAGAACCUUUUACCAAUUUGACAUACACAUCCGAUGCCGGUUUCAUCCGCAGUGGAAAAACUGGAAGAAUCCAGAAAGAUCCCGGGAGUAACUACAUGAAGCCGUAUACCGUUCUGAGAUACUUUCCGGAUGGAAUACGGAACUGCUACGAUCUGAGUGUCAGACAGGACACAAAGUAUCUGAUCAACACCUUGUUCGUGUACGGGAAUUACGACGGUCGUAAUAGUCCUCCAAGAUUCGAUCUUUACUUAGGCCCCAAUUUCUGGGCGACUGUGGAUUUGCAGAGAGGAUAUGGCAAGGAAGAGAUCGUUCACGUCCCGAGGACGAAUACUUUGGGCAUAUGUCUCGUCAAGACAGGAACAACGCUCCCGCUGAUAUCUGCAAUAGAGUUACGGCCACUGAAAUACGGUACUUAUGUCUCUCAGACCGGAUCCUUGAAGAGCUUAUUCCGACAGUUUUUUAGCACAAGGAAUCGCGGUAUACGGUUUCCUGAUGAUGUCCAUGAUCGAGAUUGGUUUCCAUAUUUUGAAGACGACUGGACAGAGAUAAGCACCAAUCAGAGUGUGAAAGACGCCGAUGGUUAUGAACCUCCGCGAGACGCGGUCAUAACAGCUGCCACACCGGCUAAUGCCAGUGAACCAUUGAUCGUCUAUUGGCCUUUGGAGUCCCCCGAUGACCAAGUUGUCGUGUUCAUUCACUUUGCUGAGAUCCAAUCGCUAAAGGCAAAUGAAAUCAGGGAGUUCAACAUUUUGGCCAAUGGAAAAAUCGAUUAUGGCACAUAUAGUCCUAACAAGUUUGAAGUAGAGACUCUGUCAAACCCGGUUCCAUUGAAAUGUGACGGAGGGGAAUGCCGUUUGCUGCUUCUUAGGACACAGAGGUCUACCCUACCACCCUUGAUUAAUGCUAUGGAGAUUUUCUCGGUGAUUGAGUUUCCACAGUCAGAAACUGAUCAAAACGAUGUUGCUGCAAUGAAGAACAUCCAAGCUGCUUAUGGAUUAGACAUCAUCGGCUGGCAAGGAGAUCCAUGCGCCCCUAAGCAGUUCAUGUGGGAUGGUUUGAACUGCAGUAUUCCUGAUAUUUCUACGCCGCCCAGAAUCGUUUCUUUAGACUUAUCUUCCAGAGGAUUAAGCGGAGCCAUAGCACCAAGCAUCCAAAAUUUAACCAAGCUUCAACAACUCGACUUGUCAAAUAACAAUUUGACUGGAGGAGUUCCGGAGUUUCUGGCCAACAUUAAGUCAUUGUUGGUCAUAAACUUGAGCGGAAACAAUCUCACCGGUUCAGUUCCUCAGAUCCUUCUUGAUAGAGUAAAGGAAGGGCUGAAGUUAAAUGUUCAAGGAAACCAAAAGCUUUGCGAUUCCUCGUGCAAAAAGAAAUUCCCAGUCGCCGUUGCUGCAUCAGUUCCUACAGUGGCCAUUAUAAUAAUUGUAUCGGUUAUCGCUUUCGUUUUCAGCAGGAGAAAGAUGUCAUAUUAUGCGGAUGAACAUGCAUCACUGGGAAGAAGAAAUAGAAGAUUUACUUAUUCAGAGGUGACAUCGAUGACCAAUAACUUUGAAAGAGUGCUUGGGAAAGGAGGGUUUGGUGUUGUCAAUCAUGGGUUUCUGAAUGAUUCCGAACAAGUAGCCGUUAAAGUUCUUUCUCAGACAUCAGCUCAAGGCUAUAAGCAAUUCAAAGCAGAGGUCGAGCUUCUUCUGAGAGUUCACCACGUAAAUCUAGUAAGCCUCGUCGGGUAUUGCAAUGAAGGAGAUCACUUGGCACUCAUCUAUGAGUACAUGGCUAAUGGGAACUUACAAGAACAUAUGUCAGGAAAACGUGAAAGCUCUGUUUCAAACUGGGCAACCAGACUAAGAAUAGCUGCUGAGGCCGCACUGGGGUUGGAGUACUUGCAUAUCGGAUGCAAGCCACCGAUCAUUCAUAGAGACGUGAAAAGCGCGAAUAUAUUGCUGGACGAGAACUUCCAGGCCAAACUUGCUGAUUUUGGGCUUUCAAGAUCUUUCCCGGUCGGAAGUGAAACUCAUGUUUCCACUGAUGUCGUUGGCACUUUCGGAUAUCUUGAUCCCGAGUAA